CAAAAUGAUACAGCUCUUCAACCUCAACACCUCGCUGUUCGUUGCGCGCACGGUAAGCAGCAUUAAGAAGAUGCCUUGCCCGUUCCUGACCCGUCUCAGCACGAACUACGUGCGCCAUUAUGCUCCGGUCCUGCUGAAGACCUACGGUGCCCAGUGUCCGGUGGUGCAACGCACGAUUUCCACCCUGCAGGGUUCGCAAGCUGCUGGCACGGGUGGUGUAACGGCCGCCACCGAACCGGUCACACCGAAAAAGGAGUCCACGAACGAGACGAACACGGUGCAAUCACGCCGCAACCUGAGCUCACUUCAGCAACCGAAGCCGGAAACUACUGGCUUGGCCGCCGAGGAGCAGCACGUGGGUGGGAAAAAGUGUCCCUUCCUGAGUACGGCGGCCCCGCACGUAAAGGAACUCGGGGUGGAAAGCGUGGAGAUGCCGGUGGAGCGCAAGUUCCAGUACGAGGACUUCUUCCACGAGCAGAUCCUGCGCAAGAAGCAGGACCACUCGUACCGGGUAUUCAAGAAGGUGAACCGGUUGGCAGCCGAGGGCCAGUUUCCGCGUGCCCUCGAGUACUCGUGGGGCGAGAAACCGAUUACGGUGUGGUGCUCGAACGAUUACCUUGGCAUGUCGUGCCAUCCGGAGGUGAAACGUGCCGUGGCGGAGGCACUCGAGCGGUACGGUACGGGUGCCGGCGGUACGCGCAACAUCUCCGGCAACUCGAUGAACCACGAGAACCUGGAACGGCGGUUGGCGGAGUUGCACCAGAAGGAGAGCGCUCUCCUGUUCACGUCCUGCUUCGUGGCGAACGAUUCGACGUUGUUCACGCUGGCGAAGGCACUGCCCGGGUGUCACAUCUUUUCCGACGCCGGCAAUCACGCCUCGAUGAUCCAGGGCAUCCGGAACAGUGGCGUGCCGAAGCACAUCUUCCGGCACAAUGAUCCGCGCCAUCUGCGGGAGUUGCUGGAGCGCGUGGAUCGAUCGCUACCGAAGAUCGUUGCAUUUGAGACGGUCCAUUCCAUGACGGGUGCGGUCUGUCCGCUUGAGGAGCUGUGUGACAUCGCGCACGAGUACGGUGCGCUUACGUUCGUGGACGAGGUGCACGCGGUUGGGUUGUACGGGGAGCACGGUGCCGGUAUCGGGGAGCGCGAGGAUCAGCUGCACAACAUGGACAUCAUCUCGGGUACGCUUGGGAAGGCGUUCGGGAAUGUUGGCGGGUACAUUGCCGGUACGGCGCUGCUGGUGGACAUGAUCCGCUCGUAUGCGGCCGGGUUCAUCUUUACCACAUCGCUGCCACCGACGGUGCUGUGCGGGGCGUUGAAGGCGGUCGAGAUCCUGGCGUCGGAGGAAGGCCGUCAGUUGCGAGCGCGUCAUCAGGAGAAUGUGCGUUAUUUGCGCACGCGGUUGCAGCAGGAAGGUUUCCCGGUGGAGCAUACGCCCAGCCACAUCAUUCCGGUGAAGAUUGGCAAUCCGCGCCAGUGCACGGAGGUGUCGGACAGGAUGAUCCAGCGCUUUGGGCAUUACGUGCAGGCGAUCAACUACCCGACGGUGGCACGGGGUGAGGAGAAGCUGCGGUUGGCUCCGACACCGCACCACACGCGCCCCAUGAUCGAUGAGAUGGUGCGGGACAUGAAGGUGGUGUGGCAGGAUCUGGGCAUGCCGCUGGAUGGCCAGCAGUGUCCGGAGGAGUGCGCCUUUUGCCGGAAACCGUUGCUGUUCGAUCGGUUCGAGGCGCGCACGAAGAUCGCGGCCGGAUGUGCGAGUGAGUCGAUCUGCCAGAUACCGAACUGCCCGCAGAUUGCUGCCAUGGCAAACUGAGCUGCCUGAGAACAUCAUUCGGCACCGUAAAUUGAAAUCCGUUUCCUCCCCCCCUCGGCCCAACGGCGGCAACAUAUCGAGCGAGACAGCAAAAAAAACUAGUAGUAUUUGGUAAUCCUCCGCUUUAUAGGCCGCUUUGAGCAACCAUUGAGCGUUGAUUUGUUGUAUUAGAAAAUCUGUUGUUUCUUCGGUGGCAGUGCAGGGCAUUUCAGGUCCACUUUCUUUUUUUGGUCUCUUAAGGCUUUUUCUCCUCGCCUUUCCGGCUUCCCUUGCAUUCCUCCAGUCGUAGUUACUGAAAUUGUUAUUUGGUGUUUAAGUUUUAAAUCGGCUUUACAGCGACUAUCGGGCACGCGAUAGCUAUUGGUUGGUAAUACGACGCGGGUUAAAAUCAUUUGCAAGCAUUGCACGUAUUCGUCGAUAUGUUGUUGACAAUAAUACUAUUAUAGAUCAAAUGUCUAUUCCACAAAAUACAAACGUAUAUUCUCGUCUACCAAUAAAUGU